AUGGAGGUGUAUCAAAAUUGUACGGAUAAUAGUCUGCUGACGGAAAUAUCAUUGCCGCAACAACUUUAUCUCAAACCGGAAGCCAAAUUAAACGUAACGGUCGCGUUGCCCCAAGUUCGACUUCCGGGUAAAACGAUAUCCAAUUGGGAGGUUAUGGAAAGGUUGAAACAAAUGAUACAACCGGAAGAAUUCAUAAGUUUAAGGGUGUCGAAAACGACGAUCGAAUUCAUACGUUUCGAUGCGGAAAUAGAAAACAGGAGUCAAUUGGGUAACGUCAUAUCUCUCGUCGAUGGUAAAUCCAUUAAAUUGAGCGGAUUUCCGGAAUUGUUAAAAGUCAAAGCGGCAGAAUCGAAACCGGAUUUUCCGACUCGUCACGAUUGGGAUAAGUAUUUUCGGGAUGCGAAAAACAUGAACGAAAUGAAACCGGGAGAAAGGCCGGACACGAUACACAUAGAAAACAUACCCAGCAAAUGGUUCAUAUCGAAAAAGGAUUUGCGUAACGGCGUCGAAAUACCCAACGAAUUCACAUUGGAAAAAGUUUUCGAAAUUUUCGGGGAAAUCCGGUGCGUCGACAUACCCAUGCUCGAUCCGUACAGGAAUCAAAUGAAAGCGAGCAUAUCAGGUAUAAAAAAAUUCAGUCAUUCAUCGGAUUCGACAUUCGAUGCUUACAUACAGUACAAGGAAUAUAUAUGCUUCGUCAAAGCCAUGAACGCUUUGAGAGGAAUGAAAUUGGUUCACAAAGACGGAAACGAAACGUAUUCGGCAUCCAUUAAGGUGGAUUUCGACAAGACCAAACAUUUAAGCGACAUGUCUAUAAGGAAAAGAAAAUUAGAAAGGGAGAAAUUAAUGGCUAAGGAAAGGGAAAAAGAAGAAGAAAAACGUCGAGACGAAGAAGCGGCACGCAUGGCGUUGGAAGAAGAAAAUCGAAAAAAACUAGAGGAAAAAGAAAUGAAAGGAAGACGGCAAAAAGAAAGAGAAGAAAAGAGAAAGCAAAAAUUGUUGAAAAAAUUAAAAAAAAAAGAAGCCGAACAAAUGAAUAUAAAAAUUGCGAUCGAAGAGAGGAAAUUAUUAAUGGCGCAGAGAAAAUUGGAAAGCAUAAGAUUGCUCGACGAAUUGUUCGAAAGAGUCAAAAUAGAAAAACAAAAAGAGGGAAAACGUGAAAGGAUAAGGGAAAAAAAAGAAGAAGGCGGUGGUGGUUGUGACGAUGACUAUGACGAUGAUGAUGAGGACGAUGACGACGAUGAUGACAAGAAGUCGAAAAAGAAAAAAAGUGACAAACGUAAGAAAAAAGGAUGUGAUAAGGAUAAAAAGAAAAAGGAAAAAUUAUUGGACAAGGAAAAAGAAUUGAGGAAAAAAUUAGUUAAGAAAAUCAAAAAUGCUCAAGAGCAACAAAUGCAAGAGAGGAGAGAGAAACUCAAAAAGACUUUAGAAGGGAAAAACAAAUUGAAAAAUUCUAUGAGGAUGAGCAAAGAAAGCGAGAAUUUAGAUGACGAAGGAGGAUUUGACGUUUACAAACGUGGAAAAUUCGAAAAUUACGAACAUUUUCCGGAUUAUCCAAAUUUCGAAUCGUACAAAGGAGGUUACGGCGGAUAUCACGAUUGGAAUCCGAAAAGUUUUCGAGGAGGUUUCAUGACCAGAAGACCUUUUAGAGGUUAUCGUAACAUGUUUAAUAAUUACCACGAAGAAUGGAUGGCGUAUCAGGAUCACAUAGACGGACGGAAAAAAUUAGAAAUGGAAGAUGAAAAAAGAAAAUCGGAUAAAAUAUCCGAAGAUGGAGUCGAAGAUAUAUCGAGCGAUUUAUCGAGCGAUAAUUACAGUCAUUUAAAUUCGAGUUCCGAUAACGAUGAUGAUGAUGAUGAUGAUGAUAAUGAUGAUAAAAAAAGUAAAGGAAAAUCAUCCGAACGUAUCGGUGGAGAUUGGACGAAACCGGAUGGUCAUUCGAAAGGAGAAUUGGAUAGUAGUAGCAUAGGUCCCGUCCAUUCUUGGAUCGGAUAUUCCGACUUUUACAAUCCGAGAUACAUGAGAAGUCGAGGAUUGAGAAGACCUCGCGGAGUGUACAUACCCAGAAGAGGUUGGGGAAGAGGUUUUCCAGCUCAACCUAAUCCGAACGUACCAAUGAAUUCGUUUUACAUGCAAAGCAUCAAUUCUCAAUAUUACAAGUAUUUCAAUAAGUUAGCGAAAGGAGAUUACAACGAACACGAUUAUCGUGCGCAUUCGAGAUCUCGUUCGAGAUCCAGAUCUCAUUCGAGCGAGAGAGUCGUUUGCCGGAAAGUUUUGAGUCGUUCACGAAGCCGUUCAAGAAAAUAUUCUCGUUCCGUAUCAAGAUCCCGAAGUCGAUCGAGGAGACGAUCGAAAUCCCGGAGUAAAAGCAGAUCGAAAGACAGAGAUAGAAAACGUUAUAGGAGUCGCAGUUCCGGAAGCAAGAGAAGGUCAAGUUCAAAACACAAAAGAUCGGAAAGUCGGGAUCGAUCGAAGUCGAAAUCGCGAACUCCGAUAAAGAGAUCGAUUAGCAAAUCGAAAGAAAUGACGACGACGACGACGGAAAAAUCGGAUGGGAAAAUGGAAAAUGCGGAAGAUAAAGAUAAAGAAAAGCAGAAGAGCAAGGAUAAAAAGAAAGAAGUACAAUCGGAGGUAAAAGAACCGGAGCCGGCGGCGGUCAAAGCGAAAUCGGAAGAAACGGAAUGGUCGCUGUCGUUGAGCGGUUCGGACGAUUGGUCGAGAGGAUCGCCGGAAAGGAAAGCAAGACCCUUGGGCGAUCCCGAUUGGAUUCCCGAUCGCCGGGAGAGAGAUAAUGAAAGAACGUACAGGACUCUGAUGAGUAAAGUGACGGGAACGUUUUCGAACGACAGUUACAUGGGAUACGACGGGAGGUCGAGAAACAGGUUCGGACGAACUACGGAUUACCGUUACGGCGGUGAUAGGGAACCCAAUUUGAGGAGUCACAUUUCCAGGCCGUCCGAUAAUAUGGAAUCGCAUCACGGGAAAACGGGAAAAGAUUCUAAAAAAUCGAGACACAAAAGGGAUAAGAAAAGAAAGAGAAAAAUGUCUUGA